GCGCGCGUAGUGUAGCUCGUGCGGAGAGCAGCAGGAGUAGCAACAACAACGAUACUCCAUUUUAUUAUUUAGUUUAUUAUAUCGUGUAUACGGGUUGAACUGCACAGCUGGACAACAACAAUAAUAAUAAUAAUAAUAAUAAAAACAGACUUUACAUAGAUUAUAACAACGAUAAAAUCAGAAAAUAAAAAUAUAAUACAGGAAGGAUCCUCCUAUAUAUUUCUCACGCGUAUACAGCGAAGCUCUCUCGUACGUAUAUACAUAGGCAGGCGAGCGCGCGCGCGCGCGCGCGGAUAACGGAAGACGGUCGAUCAGCGGCUGCUUCCACUGCUUCUACUGCUACUGCUACCGACUAUAGGACUAUAAGGACGAUGUCGGCCGUGCCAUCCUCGGCGGCGAUGAACGAGCGCAGUUACAUAUUGGACGCGGCUGGCAUGUCACCCUCGUCGACGGCCGCCCCCGUCAAUUCUCAAGCUGUGUCUGGUGGCGUCGGAGGCAUCGCCAUGGGAGGUAGUAGCAACGCGCCGAGGAAGCCCUUCGACGACGGUGGCAGUAGUUUUGGCUCCAUAGACUCUCUGAACGAUAUCGCAAAAGGUGGUAUCACCGCCGUGCCAAGGGCCGAGGAGGAGGACAAGUCGGGGAAAUUUUCCAGUUUGCCCUUGGCCAGUUUCAACUUCAUCAAUUCAAUAAUCGGAAGCGGCGUCAUCGGCAUACCCUACGCUUUGCAUCAAGCCGGCUUCGGCCUCGGGAUCGCCCUGCUGAUCAUCGUCGCCGUGCUCACCGACUACUCGCUCGUACUGAUGGUGCGUAGCGGCCAUCUCUGCGGCGAGAUGAGCUACCAGGGUCUGAUGCGCGCCAGCUUCGGCCGUCCGGGCUUCUACAUCCUCUCGGCUCUUCAAUUCAUCUAUCCGUUCAUCGCCAUGGUCUCGUACAACGUCGUGGUCGGCGACACCGUCACCAAGGUACUGAUUCGCGUCACGGGCCUGAGUCACGACAACUUCCUGAUGCGCCGCGAGGUAGUGAUUCUCCUGGCCACGGUGCUCGUCGUCAUUCCGCUCUGUCUCUAUCGCAACGUGGCUCGCCUCGCCAAGAUCUCCUUCCUGUCGCUGGUCUGCGUCGCCUUCAUCCUCGUGGCGAUCUUCAUACGCAUGGACACGAUGUCGGCCCUGGUGCCCAGCCACGAGGACGCCUGGCGCUUCGGCAACAUCGAGGGCAUCAUACCCGCGGUGGGCAUCAUGGCGUUCGCUUUCAUGUGCCAUCACAACACCUUCCUGAUCUACGGCUCGAUCGAGCGCCCCAGCCAGGAGAAGUGGGACGUGGUGACGCACUGGUCGCUCUUCACCUCGUUCGUGGUCGCGUCGGCCUUCGGCAUCGCCGGCUACGCCACCUUCACCGGCUACGUGCAGGGCGAUCUCAUGGAGAAUUACUGCUGGACCGACGAUUUGAUGAAUUUCUCCAGGAUACUGUUCAGCGGUACCAUAUUACUGACCUUUCCCAUCGAGUGUUUUGUCACUCGCGAGGUCAUCAUGACGGCGCGACGAGGCACCGACGAGAUGAGCGGCGGCGGCGACCUCUACAUCAGCGGCACAGAUCGCCAGUACCUCGUCAUCACUCUCGCCAUCAUCCUGGCCACCUAUCUCAUCUCCAUGUCGACGGACUGCCUCGGCCUCGUCUUGGAGCUCAACGGCAUCCUCGCCGCGGUGCCUCUGGCCUACAUACUCCCUGCCCUGUGCUAUCUGCGGCUCGAGCCGGGGCCCCUGCUGUCGCCGCUCAAGCUGCCCGCGCUCAGUCUCCUGCUGGCCGGCAUAUUCGCCGCGGUCUCGGGUCUGCUGCUGCUCGUGUUCAACGGCUCGGACUCGGCCUCGUGCGUCCACGGCGGCGUCAUGUUCUAUUGUCUGCAGAACGCGACGACGACGACGACGACGACAGCGACGACGCUGGCGCCUACGUCCGCGGUGACGCUGCAGCAGACCGCCGCCGCCGCCGCCGCCACGAUCGCGACGAGCACCGCCAAGAGCGCCGUCGUCGCCACGAGCAAGGGUCUGGCCUCGACGAUCGCAUCCAUCGUCGGCUCCGGUCUGCCACCGAGCUAAGCUCGUCCUCGUGUAAACUUCCUCGAUAUAAGCUUCCCUUAUUCAAGUAUAUCAGUCGUGACGAAACGAAUUAAUAAAAAGGAAUAAAAAAAAUCAUUAAAAAUGUUGGAUGCCAAAGUUGCGAAUCUAUAUUGACAUAGAUCGACUUGUAAUAGUAUAUAGGUGCUGCUCGAUUAUUAUGAAAUAGGUUUGUCCGAUCGAUUACUCUGGUACUUAUAAAAUUCGAAUUAUUACGCAGCUCCUGGAUGAAAAAAAUUACUUAAAAAAAAAAAAUUGCUUUGCAAUCAUAUUGAGAAUGAUAAUACACGUACGAUAAAUGUAUACUAUAAUCGAGCUCCUGCUCCGUGAUACGAUACACAAAUUUUAUUAGAUAUAUUUAAUUAAAUGAGAGGCUUCGUGCAAUAGGAUAAAAAAAUUUAAUGGAAAAGAAUGAUGUUGAGAAUUAAUGAAUGAAGCGAUAAACAAACAAAAAAGAAGUUAUCUUCUAUCUGCUGUUAUUGUGUAAUUAUAACAGUCCGAGAGUGCGAGAAAAAAAAAGACAGAUAAAUCAUUUGUGAACGACAAUAUUUUUCGUGUCAAAAUAUGAUAAUUAUGUAAAAGUACAAACCUCUAUGUGUACACCGGGCUUCUGUGCGCGCGCUUCGCAUAACGCUUAAGACUUUUAACUACUUUUUCUCGUAUGUAUUUCGCGCUUUUCUCUUUUUUUCACAAUUUUUUUUCCUGCUGAAUGUGCAAUUCACACAAAUAUACGACUAUCGAUCAAACAAAUUGCGUACAAAUGGUUUUUUUUUAACGACGUUUUUUAUUAUAUAUAUGAUAUAUAUUAUAUAUAUCGCAGAAAGUAUAAUAUUCGCCGACUUGGAUUUUUUCCUAAUCUAGUCGAAUUUAUAUAUUUUUCAUGGGUGAUUCGAGCUCUCGAGAUAAAGCAUGUUUUUCGUUUUAUUUGGUCAUUUAUGUACCCACUGCGCGUCACUUCGAUAAUAAUGUAGAAUAGAAAAUUAUUUCGCCAAGUCAUUUUUUUCCUCUGCAGUAAAUGUAGUUUUUUUCGGUAAUCAAGCUUUGCUUUUAUGCAUAAUAAUGAAUUUGAAUCUCAAGGAGAUUGCAAAGUCGGUCCAAAAAGGAAAUUUUCAAAUUAAAAAAAAACUUAAAUUGGAAGUUUGAUUUUUUGGCUGACGGCGAGAGUGUGGCAUUAACGAAAAAAACUGAGGACCAGAUUUAGGUGCCGUUGGAAAUGAUAUAAUCUCAUAAACAUUAAAAGUCUUGAUAAUAAUCAUCUUCCAAUUUCUAUAGAUUGACCAAAACUUAUUUUUCUCGCUUGAGUGAGUAUACAAGGAUGUUGAAUGUUUUCUUGAUUAGAUGAAUGGAUACAAUAAUACAACUAUCGAAUUUAAAAAUCGAUUCAUCGAUCGCGCGCGAUGAUCGCAAAAGACCAUUAUGAAAAAAAUUGAAAGUAUAUUUUAGAGGCACAAAAAAAUUCCAGCUUUAACAAGAUUCUAUUUUUUAACAAAAAAACUUCUUGGUGUUAGUCGUCGAAUUUUGUCGAGAAUCACUUCUAGAAACCGCAAACAAAAACAAAAGAACUCUAAAAAAUCAAACUUCGGUGUAGCAUUGAUCAAAUUUUGAAAUAAUAUUUGUCGAGUUUAAAUGCCUGGAAAUCUCUUUGUGAAAAAAAAUCAAACGUGUAUCUAUAACUGAAUAUAAAUGUUCCUCGUAAGGCGAAAAAAAACUUUAAAAAUAAACUAAAAUUUUCGUGGUAAAUUUACAACCGAUAAAUACUGUACUGGUAAUAUAUGUACCAAUAACAUUUUUCCCUCCGAAAAUUUACCCUUAUUUUUUAUUCAUUAAUAUUGUGAUGGACAAAAAUUGGGCAUAGUGCAUCAAGAUACUAUCUGGGAAUUGAUAAGAAAAUCGAGAGUGUACAUAACAUUUAAUAUUAUAUAAAUACGAGAGAAAGAAUCGACAAAAUGUAAAUAUUAUAUUAUAACAAAGAUUGAAUUUCAUUAAAUUUGAAAACUUAUUUUAUUGUGAUUCAAUAUAUAAAACAUUAUUAUUCAAAGUAAGAUAUUAUAUCAUUCUUAUUAGAGCUCGGGCUCAUGUUUUAGGGUCCGAACUCGAACAAAAAAUCAGAUAAUAUAUAAGAACAGCAAUGCCUCCCCUAAUAGUGUAAGAGUAAGACUCAAACGAUAAAUACAAUAUAUUAUACAUUGUAAUGGAAAAUAUAUAAAAAAUGGGCAAUCGUGACCAUUUUCAAUGCUGUGAUAGGUCAUUUGAUUUGAAAAUGAAAAUAAAUAAAUAUAUUAUGUUACGUGCAUGCUACGAUGUGUAAUGUUAAUUGUAAUUUUUGGCCUCUUGCGUCGUGACUUAUUAAAACUGUAAAUAAACUGAGUUUACAGGCUUCAAUCA